CAGAAGGUGACCGUGGAAUUUCUUCGGGUAUCUUCAGCGAAUCGCCAAGAACCAUGGAGCGAGCGUCAAGGCUGCUGCAGCACAUCGCCACUGGUGCUGCAUUGAACCGCCAGGAUGAGGAUGUGGUCAUUUUGGGGUGCAAGCGCACGCCAAUCUGCAAAGCAAAGCGCGGCGGCUUCCGCGACACCCCAGCAGGCGACCUCCUUGAAGCAGUGCUGAGAUCGGUGGUGGAGGAAGCAGGCAUCGCAUCGGAAGAAGUGGAAGACGUUGUCGUCGGUAAUGUCCUCGCAGAUCAGGGCAUCUUGAUGGCCCGCACUGCGCAGUUGCUGGCAGACAUCCCGCACACUGUGCCGACCGUUACCCUCAACAGACAAUGCGCCUCCGGCCUUCAGGCGAUUAUGACUGUCGCAGGAGAGAUUCGCACGGGCACCAUUGAUCUCGGCAUCGGCGCAGGCGUCGAGUCAAUGUCUGAGCGAUCAAUGGAUCAAAUCAGGCCAAAGGUGUGCGAACCUCGACUUGCGAGCCGUCGAGGAUCGAUUAAAAGGAUCUCGCCCGGUCUCGCAGACAAAUCAUCGGCCUCGGGUUCCGGAAAGAGGCUUCGACGCAAGCUUACGUAUCUCCUGCGGGCUGCAAAGGCCCAAGCCAGCAACGGAUUCGUACGAGAAAUCGUUCCGACGCUCUCGCGCGUGAAGGGCGAGGAUGGGGAGCUGGUGCCGGGGCCCGUGGUGGUCGAGGACGAUGGCAUCCGUCCCCAGACAACAGCAGAGAAACUGGGCAAACUGAGACCCGCGUUUAAGCCCGACGGCAGCACAACAGCAGGCAACAGUAGUCAAGUGAGCGAUGGUGCAGCGGCGGUACUGCUUGCGUCACGGCGGAAAGCGCGCGAACUCGGGCUCCAGCCACGAGCACGCAUCGUUGCAUCGGCGGUGUGCGGGGUGCCCCCCGAUAUCAUGGGCAUCGGCCCUGCUGUUGCCAUCCCAAAGGUGCUGGAGAAAGCAGGCAUGCGCAUGGACGACAUUGACGUGUUUGAAAUUAACGAGGCGUUCGCCAGCCAGGCCGUGUACUGCGUGGAGGAGCUUGGUGUUCCUCGGGAGAAGCUGAACCCGCGCGGUGGCGCCAUUGCUCUCGGUCACCCGCUCGGGUGCACGGGCGCGAGGCAAGUGGUGACGCUCAUUCACUAUCUUGAGGACAACAACCUCAACACGGGCAUCGUGUCCAUGUGUGUUGGCAUGGGCAUGGGCGCUGCAGCCAUCAUCGCCCUCGAGCACUGAGCAUUGUGUUGUUGUUGGUUAAGCCGGUGUUGUUGUUGUUGAAGUUGGUGUGUUGUUUAAGUUGUUGUUUAAGUUGUUGUUGUUGUUUAAGUUGUUGUUGUU